AUGAUCACUAACAAUUAUUUAACCAGCAAAUUACUUAAGAAAUCAAAUAUUGAGAAUAGAUAAGUUAAUGAUAAUUUAAGUAAGAAUGAUAAGGAGAAUUAUUAUAAGUAAUGGGAAGAAAGUCUUAAAAGAAAGGAACGUUUAGUAUAUAUUAUUUUUAUAUAGAAUAUAGUUGGAAUCUAAACAUCAGGAAUUAAAAAUCUAUUCUAAAAAUCUUCAAAUAUAGAGUCAGGGACUCUUAAAAGAAAAAUUAGAUUUGGGGGAGAAAAUUGAAAAAUAUAAUAGAUUGUUGGAAUAAAUUAUUGAUCAAUAGACAUCUGAUAAAUAAUUAAAGAAAUCUAGUUCUUUGAUACCAUAAGCUUAUAUAAAAUCAAAUAAAAAUGGAAUAAAUGAAUGUAAAGAAAGAGUAGGAAAUUUAUUGAAGAAUAUAAGACUAACAAGCAAGAGUCAUCUAAAAACCUAAUAAGGUUCAUAUUUUAGCAAUAGGACUGAAUUUGAAGAAAUUCUCUUCAGUAAAAGGAACAAUCAUUCUUGCUCAUUUACAGGAAUUAUUAAUUUAAGGAAUAAAGAAGAAUUAAUAUCAAAAUAAUAAUAAGAAUAAUAACGUAAUAGUAAAGAAAAUAAGGAAAGAUUUAGCCAUUAAAAUACUACUUAAGAUGAGUUAAUCAAUCAUUAAAAAUCAUUAUAAUAAUUAGAAGACAAUCAAAAGUAUUUUUAUUCUAAAGUAUAUGAAGAGUUAAAUAAAUUAAAAAAACAAUAAUGA